AUGAGGACUCGCGGGCGCGCGGCGUUGUGCUGGGCCCUGCUGUGCCUGUGCUGCGCGGGCGGGCUGGCGGCGCCGCGCCGCCUCUACUGCGAGCGAGCCGACGUCGCGUGGCGCGCCUACCGCGCGCCGGCUGCCUUCGAGGCGCGCGUGCAGUCGCUCGCCAGCGACGCCGCCACCGUGCAGGUGCGCCGGGUCCUGCACCGCCAGGGACACUGGCCCCGUGAGGACGCCGUCAUCAGGCUCAAGCUGCCCACGGACCCCCUAGACUGCUCCUCGCGUUUCGAAGUGCCCUUGAAAAAUAGACGGAACUAUAUCGUGUUCGCGGAAAGACGAGGCCACUCGGCGGUCGCGCUAGGCCCGCCUCUCAAGAGGACUGGAAAGUUGAUUAAGAGGAUACGAGCGGUCUACAAGCAAGGUUACAGUGAGUGUUCAGUGUUUUAUUAG